AGUUUUUUCCGUUGCAAUUCCAUGCUACGGCGCCCUGAUGACACGAGUGGAGACCUCAUCUCCAACAUCUGAGUGUAUUGGAGAUUGUGGAGAUGGAGAUUGGCUUUACAACGCCUUCCAGUAUGAGUUCAAACUUUGGAACUACAUCAUUAGACCGCCACGCGUGAUUUAUGAUGAAACAGAUCUUGGUCCCACUGAGUUUGUUGCAGGUGGAGUCAGAGCAACCCGGCGAGACUUCAAGCUGAGGACUCACCGAGGUGUCCUUCUCUCCUGUUCGUUCUUUGCCCCAUCUCAGGAUGGGAAGGCUGAAAUUCAAAGGUUUCCGGUGGUGAUUUACUUGCAUGGAAAUUCAUCAAGCCGCUUGGAAGCUUGCAAUCUUGUUGGUGCCCUGAUAUCACAGCGAAUCGCUUUGUUUUGCUUUGAUGCGGCCGGCUGUGGCCAAUCUGAAGGUGAGUACGUUUCGCUGGGUUGGCAUGAAAGGGAUGACCUUGCGGUUGUCAUAGACUGUUUGCGGAGACUCCCGUAUUGUGGCCAAAUUGGUUUGUGGGGGCGUUCCAUGGGGGCGGCCACCGCAUUGAUGCACUCGAGCAGAGACUCUGACUUAGGUGCACUUUGCUUGGACUCAUCCUUUGCGAGCCUCAGGCAAUUGGUGGAGGAGUUCGCGCAAAGCAAGAAUAUCCCGCUGCCGGUACCGUCUUGGUUGGUGGGCGCCGCAUUGGCCGUGGUCCGUUUGCGAGUGAAAGCUUUGGCUGAUUUCGACAUUGAGGACUUGGUACCUCUACAGCAUGCGAGGUGCAGCUUGGCUCCUGCGAUUUUCCUGCACGGCAAGAAAGACGACUUCGUCGACGUGAAACAUUCGCGGCAGUUGUACGAAGUCUAUGCUGGCAGCAAGGAGUUCAUCGCUGUAGAUGGGGACCACAACAGCGAAAGGGGUGGACAGGUCGUUGGUCACGUUAUCAGCUUUUUCAAAAGAUGCUUAAGGCCGGCUGAGCAGCCGAUGGUACCCACGCUCCUUUGGGAUCCACAAUUUGCAGUGCCUUCUUUGGACGGCGUUCCACUCCGUGUACCUAUGCAGAGACAUAGCAGCACAGACCUUGCUAAAAAGGACAAGAAGAGAGUAUCUUACGUGACGGCUGCCGCCAAAGCAUGCAGGCACGCAGACAUGUCAAGAGGUACAGGUGCACGCCAGCUGACCUUCAGCCUCAUCCCAGAAGUGAGUCACCGAAGUGCUCAAGAAGUGAAAGGACAUGAUGUUUGAGGGCUUUUGAGGACUUGGGGUGCAAGUGUGGAACCACAUAUAUAAUCGAAGUAUUGAAUCUACAUAUUUCAUGUUCGAGAGUAGCAACGUGCGAUUCGAAAACGAUGUGAGGCCAGGCCGUAAGGCAGCUCCUGCCCAGGCUGUGGUCGGUCGUCUCUGAACGUUCAGGUUCUGUUGUCUGUUGCUUGACUUGUCUAGUAACUCAGUAGCGCCAAGGAGUGGUUCAACUGAUAGAAAGGGCACAUGGUACAGUCUUCAUACUUGGGACACUCAACAUGGAACCUUGGAAUGUAAUGUUGCUGUCCGUUGGUCGCAUCUCCAGCACCAUCCAGCCUUUGCUCAGCCUGUCAACUAGGUACCAGUUUCUUUCACUUGCGCUGUAGGUCAGAUGCCAACGCUCAUUGACACAUCCAAGCCAAAUCAUGGACACAGCGUCAAAA